AUGAGCAAACAAAAAUCAACACCGAUCACGUCUACCAACCACUCUGAUUUGGCUAUGACUUACAACAACAUUGGUUUAGAGCAUAGAAAUCUGGGUAAUUAUCCUGAAGCACUUAUCUGUCAUAGAAAAGCUCGUGAAAUCAAACAACAAUCACUUCCUCCCAAUCAUCCAGAUCUGGCUAUGACUUACAACAACAUUGGUUUAGCGCAUAGAAACUUGGAUGAUUAUCCUAAAGCACUUUCUUAUUAUAAAAUAACUCUUGAAAUUCAAAAAUCAUCACUUCGUCUCAAUCAUCCUAAUUUGGCUGUGUCCUACAGCAACAUUGGUGCAGCGCACUACAACAUGCGUAAUUAUCGAGAAGCACUUUCUUAUUAUAAGAAAAGUCUGGAAAUUCGGCAAAAAUCACUUUCUCUCGAUCAUCCUGAUUUGGCUAUGACUUACAACCACAUUGGUUUAGUGCAUUACAACAUGAGAAAUUAUUCAAAAGCACUUUUCUAUUAUAGAAAAAGUCUUGAAAUUCGGCAAAAAUCAGAUCCUCUCAAUCAUCGUGAUGCGGCUGUGUCCUACAACAACAUUGGUUUAGUGCAUGACAGCAUGAAAAAUUAUGCAGAAGCACUUUCAUCUCACGAAAAAGCUCUCCUAUUUCGACAAAAAUUACUUCCUCUCAAUUAUCCUGAUUUGGCUAUGAGUUACAAUAACGUUGGUUUAGCGCAUAGAAACCUGUGUCAUUAUCGUGAAGCACUUUCAUCUCAUGAAGAAGCUCUUGAAACUCAAAAAUCAUCACUUCCUCACAAUCAUCUUGAUUUCGCUAUGACCUACAACAACAUUGGUAUAGUGCAUAGAAACCUGGGUGAUUAUUCUAAAGCACUUUCUUAUCAUAAGAAAGCUCUUAGAAUUCAAAAACUAUCACUUUUUCCCAAUCAUCGUGAUUUGGCUGGUUCCUACAACAACAUUGGUGCAGUGCAUUGCGGCAUGCGUAAUUAUCCAAAAGCUCGUACAUUUUACGAACAUGCUAUACAAAUUGCACAACAAUCAUUACCUGCUAAUCACCCGAACCUUCAAAAGUACACAAAUAACUUCGAAAGUAUAAAAAAUAAAUGA